UUUGUAUAAGGGAAGAAUUCCUCAUUUAAGAUGGGUAAUAAGCAAACGAUAUUUACAGAUGAACAGCUAGAUGCCUACCAGGAUUGCACGUUCUUCACUCGGAAAGAAAUUCUUCGGUUGCACGGCCGAUACCAUGAAAUGGCACCAAACGUUGUGCCCAUGGACUAUACAAAGGAUCCAGAUGUUAAACUACCUAUGCAGCUUAUAAUAAACAUGCCUGAGCUAAAGGAGAAUCCCUUCAAGGAAAGGAUUGUGGAGUCUUUCUCAGAAGAUGGAGAGGGGAGCCUCAGCUUCAAUGAUUUUGUGGAUAUGUUCUCUGUGCUCAGUGAAAUGGCUCCCAGAGAGCUUAAAGCGAUCUAUGCCUUUAAGAUCUAUGAUUUUAACACAGAUAACUUCAUUUGUAAAUCAGACUUGGAAAAAACCCUCAAUAAGCUGACACGAGAAGAGCUGACAGCAGAAGAAAUCACUCUAGUUUGUGAGAAAGUGAUUGAAGAAGCUGACAUGGAUGGUGAUGGGAAACUAGGAUUUGCAGAUUUUGAAAACAUGAUUUCCAAAGCACCGGACUUUCUCAGUACUUUCCACAUAAGAAUAUGAAGAUGCUUCUGUGAGCCAGUGUUAUCAGAAAUGACUUGCCAGUCCAGCCUUUCUGUAUCUCAGGCACU